CUGAGAGGUAUAUAAGAAAAAUUGAUCAUUGAUUAUCAUUCAGUUAUCAGCCAAUUAUUUUACUAAAGUUUUUAAGUUAUCUGUUGAAAUAAUCAUGAAGUUCUUUGCAAUUAUUUUUGUUGCUUGUAUUGUUGGUGCUUUUGGUGCAUUGACUCCUGAGCAAAAUUCUAAACUUGAAGAAAUUAGAGCUGCUUGUGCCAAGGAAUCAUCUGCUGAUCCAGCUAAAAUUGAGAAUGCAAAAAAAGGAAAUUGGGAUGAGUCUGAUCCAAAACUAGGUCAAUUUUCUUCAUGUUUCCUGAAAAAAUUAGGACUGAUGGACAACAGUGGUAACUUGAAUGUUGAACUUACACGUGAAAAAAUUGGCAAAGUUGUAUCAGCUGAAAAAGCCGAUGAGAUUAUGAAAAAAUGCAAAGACUUAAAAGGAGACAACGCUGAUCAAACUGGAAUCAAACUGUUGAAAUGUUACACAGACAACAAAGUCAUUGGAGCUUAAUUUAAAACAAUCUAAUUUUGCAACAUAAUAUAUAUUUUUUUAAAACAACUAUGCAAAAUUUAUUUAACAAAAUAAAUUUUAUUCUUUUAUUUCUAACUGGCUUAUAAAUAUUGUUUAAAAAUUCUAUCUUUAUAUACAAAAUUAACAAAACAAAAAACAAGUUAAUUGUCUUUUUUCGUAUGUUGAAAUUAAAAAUAAACAAAUUUAAAAUAUAAACAAUUUACCAUAACAAUUAUUCUUUUUUUUUUUUUAUUUUGAGUAGUUUAAUUUAAGGAUACUUAAUUUUCAUUUAUCUGAAGCUUGUUUUUUAAAAACUUGGUACAAACUUAUUAUGGAAGAUAAACUACCAAGUGCUCCAACAUGCCAUGUCUUAAAUUUUCCUGCCCAUAAUAUACCAUCUGGUAAAUAACUUAUUGCAUAGGUGAUAUCCAGCAACA